CCGAGCUUCGGCGCAAGCGCGCGCUGCCCCGGCUCUGCUCCGGCUCGGCUCCGGCGCGGGCAGCCUGGAGCCCUCGGCUCGCUCAGUUAGUGCUUGGGGUCUCGCGGCGGCGGCGGCACGAUGUUUCUUCACUCUGUCAACUUCUGCAACCUGGCGUUUUAUGCCUUCAUGAUCUUCAUGGCCACCCUCGGGCUGUGGGACGUCUUUUUCGGCUUCGAGGAGAACAAGUGCAGUAUGAGCUACAUGUUUGAGUACCCGGAGUAUCAGAAAAUAGAACUUCCAAAGAAGUUGACUAAACGCUAUCCUGCGUAUGAAUUGUAUCUUUAUGGAGAAGGAUCCUAUGCUGAAGAACACAAACUUCUCCCUUUAACGGGUAUUCCAGUUCUCUUUCUUCCUGGUAAUGCUGGAAGUUAUAAGCAAGUUCGUUCUAUCGGCUCUAUUGCACUAAGAAAAGCAGAGGACAUUGACUUCAGGUACCACUUUGACUUCUUCAGUGUGAAUUUCAAUGAAGAACUGGUGGCACUGUAUGGUGGGAGUCUUCAGAAGCAGACCAAGUUUGUACAUGAGUGUAUUAAAGCAAUUCUCAAACUCUAUAAGGGUCAAGCAUUUGCUCCAAAGAGUGUGGCAAUAAUUGGUCAUUCUAUGGGUGGCCUUGUUGCAAGGGCAUUGCUGACACUGAAAAAUUUUAAACAAGAUCUGAUAAAUCUCCUUAUUACACAAGCCACCCCCCACGUUGCUCCUGUGAUGCCGUUAGAUCGCUUCAUCACAGAUUUUUAUGAGACUGUAAAUGACUAUUGGAUUCUAAAUGCUGGACACAUAAAUUUAACCACACUCUCUGUAGCUGGAGGAUUCCGGGAUUACCAAGUUCGAUCAGGACUGACUUUUCUGCCAAAACUAAGCCAUCAUGCCAGUGCCUUAUCUGUCGUGAGUACAGCAGUGCCUAAGACCUGGGUGUCAACAGACCACCUCUCCAUUGUGUGGUGCAAACAAUUACAAUUGACUACAGUUCGAGCGUUCUUUGAUCUUAUUGAUGCUGACACUAAACAAAUAACUGAAAAUCCCAAGAAGAAAUUGGCGGUUUUGAAUCACCACUUUAUAAGACACCCAGCAAAACACUUUGAGGAAGAUCCAGCACUAAUUGUUGACUUAACAGAGACAUCUCUGUGGGUUCCAGUAAAAGUGUCAAAAUGGACCUAUGUAGCUUACAAUGAAUCUGAAAAAUUAUAUUUUACAUUUCCUCUUGCACACCAUAGAAAAAUCCACACUCAUGCCUAUUGUCAGAGCACCAUACUGGACACAAAUAGUUGGGUUUUUGGCUGCAUAAACACCACUAUUGUGUGCCAGCAAGGGGUCGAUCUGUCGUGGAAAACCGAACUGCUGCCGACAUUCAAGUCUCUGACGUUAAGACUUCAAGACUAUCCAUUUUUGUCUCAUCUUGUUGUUUAUGUACCAUCUGUUCUUGGAAGUAAGUAUGCUAUAGAUUGUGAAUUCUUUAACAGAGAAGCAAGAUCCUUACAGCUUCCUGUAACUCAUCUUUUUUCCUUUGGAUUGUCUUCAAGGACAGUGAUAUUAAAAACAAAAGGCCUGUUCUAUAAUAUAGAGCUUCUGAACUUUGGACAGAUAUACCAAGGUUUUACAAUCAACGUAGUAAGCAAGUGCGCAGCAGUCAAAAGUGAAAUAACUAGUAUCUAUAAACUUCAGAUUCCAUGGUCUUAUGAAGAUUCACUAACCAUUGCACAGGUUCCAUCUUCAACGGAAAUUUCUCUGAAACUUCAUGUUGCUCAACCAGAUAAUUACAGCUAUGUAGCCUUGUUAAAAAUGUACACGUCUUCAGACUGUCAGUAUGAGGUGACAAUUAGGACUUCCUUUUCACAAAUACUUGGACAGGUAGUUCGAUUUCACGGUGGAGCUCUUCCUGCUUAUGUUGUAGCCAACAUCCUUCUUGCCUAUGGAGGACAGUUGUACUCUCUUUUCUCAGCAGGUCAUUGCUUAGAAUAUGCUACUAUGUUGGAUAAAGAAGCCAAACCCUACAAAGUUGAUCCUUUUGUAAUUAUGAUUAAGUUUCUAUUGGGACAUAAGUGGUUUAAAGAAUUAUGGGAUGUUUUCUUGUUACCAGAAUUAGAUGCCAUCUUUUUAACUAGUCAGAGUAUGUGUUUCCCCCUUGUAUCCCUGAUUCUCUUCCUGUUUGGAACGUGUACUGCCUACUGGGGCGGCCUGCUCUCCUCCGCGUCUGUGAGACUCCUCUCUUCCUUGUGGCUAGCUUUGAAAAGGCCCUCAGAACUUCCUAAAGAUAUCAAGAUCAUGUCAUCAGAUGUAACCAUUUUGACCAUUGUUUUGAUCAUCGUUAGUUGGGCAACUUGUGGAGCAUUGGCCAUACUCCUAACUUAUCUUUACUAUGUGAUUAAGAUUGUUCAUCUGCAAGCCAUUCUAACAAAUUUUAAGAAUAGCCAAACUGUGAAUCCGAAACACCCUAGAAAAAGUGAAAAAAAAUCCAAUCACCAUAAAGACUCCACAGCACACCCUCUUCGUUUGUCUGCCAGCGAUGCUGAAGACAGUCUUCGCAUGCACAGUACUGUGAUUAACUUACUGGCGUGGGUCGUGUUACUCAGCACGCCAUCUUUAAUUUACUGGUUUAAGAACCUUAGGUAUUACUUUAAACUUAAUCCUGAUCCAUGUAAACCUUUGGCAUUUAUCCUUAUUCCAACUAUAGCAAUUCUUGGAAAUACUCACAAUGUUUCAAUAAAAUCAAGUAAAUGGUUGAGGACUGCUUCACAAUUUCCACUCCCUCUGGCUAUUGGUGUGAUCGCCUUUGGGUCCACACAGUUAUACAGGGUUCCAUGUUGUGUUUUCAUUUCCCUUUUCCUCCACGCCUUAUGUAACUUUAUGUAGGGUUGGAUCUAAGGGAUGAUGGUGUUGAUUUUGGCCCUUAGGGUCAGUAAUGAGAGGGGUUGCACAGAUCCGUCAGCGCAGACUACAAGAUCCUUUGGAGAAGACACGUCUAUUUUUACAAUGUUGAAAAUAGGAAAUUAGUUUUGUAAUGCUUGAAGAGAGUAGUUGAAGCAUGGUUCUGUUUGGUGGUGUGGCAUCUGUGUAAUACUCAUUUUUUAAAAAAUUGGUCAAAGGACACUGUCUUUGAGGACUCCUCCACAUGUCAGCAAGUCUGCUUAGCUGGUCAUGUGAGGGAGCUCCUCCCGAACACCUAGUAAACAUAAAGCAUUUUUUGUAACCUCACCUCAACCUCACCUCAAGCAUUCUGCUCAUUUCAUCAAACUUUCUUCUGAAAAGUGGGUUACUUUGUGUUUGCUACAGUAUUUAUUGAGAAGAUAGUUUUCAAAGACUGACGAAAUUCACAACCAUGUGGUCUCUCACAAAUGGAGUGGCCACAAAGAGUGUUUGGCCCGUCUGUCCUCAGCAGCCGCGGCGGACCACAUAGUUCUUUUGUUUUCUCCCAUCUGUGAAAAUUCUACUUUUCUAAGGAGACAUGUUUUCUUAGUAACCAAUGUAACACCGAUGGACAGAAAUAAUUCAAACUUCCAACUUCAUGAAAUUUUGUUGUUGCUUUACAAAUGCAAACCUUAGCUUUAUUCCUGGUGAAUUUGAGGAGACUUAUUACAGAGAUCUGUUGUUAAAUGUGAAGAAAAUCCCCACUGAUACUGACUUGCUGGGGUUGGAAGAUGCCAGUUAUUCUUUCUGUGCUUUUUCCUUACCAGUUUUACCGUUGACCCGUGGUUGCCGGAAGUGCCUCAGGUCCGGGCGGGUUAUUAAAAUAACUAAAUUCCAGUGGUCAGGAAAAAUUCCAGGUUUUCAGUUUUUGACUACUGUGGGAAAAAAAUUAGCACGAUCAAGUACAGUACCACAUUUGGUAUAUAAAAUUAUACUAUUGAUGGAGUAACAAACUGUUGCCCCACCAAUAGCAUAAGUAGGAACAGUAUACCUGAAUAAAUUGGAAGCUUUAGCCACUAGGUUUUACAGUGCAAUCUUAAUUUGCCAAGGUGAUCACUGUUUGACAGAUAAGAGAAUGAUAUUUCUAUUUCAUUUCAGAUUUCAGCUCACUUUUAGCUACAAGAGUAGGAAGCAGGUGACAGAGCUAGGUAUCUUUGCCUUAAGAAAGGAUAAACUCAGGCUGAGGUAUAUCUGGCUGAUAGAGUCCUUCCUUUAGAUGUACAUGCUGUAAAUACCUAAAACCUCUCAAGUCCUUAAUCUCAGUAAUUCCACUGUUGCACUUGUGAACUUGUGUCCUUCUUAGUAUUAAAGUACCAAGUUCAUCUUAUCUGCCAUUGCAUCUGGAUUCCAUUAGCACCUCUCAGCUGUUACUGCCUAUAGAGGGUUGUCCCCACAUUGCAGCCGAUACAGGGUCACUCCAUUUUUUUUCUCAGUUGUUCCUCAGGUCCUUGCUCUUUUGGCAUCAAAGAGCAUCUUGCUGUUAUUUCUGAGGCUUGUAAGUUUGUUUGAUUCCAUUGUUGUCUUUCCCAACUUCAUGCCUAUUGUUCAGAAGUCAUAUUUUCACUCACCAAUUCCAUUAAAGAGGAGUGGUAACCUCAGCGUUCAUGGCAGACAUACCAGGCUCUUAUGUGAGAGAAGUAGCAAAAGGGAUAGAAUACAAAAUGCUUGCGUGUUCAGUACCUGAAAGGAAAGAGAAUGUAUUAGAUUAUACCCCUGUCCCAUGGUACACCACACACAUGUUUCAGUAAGGACACAUCUGCCAAUGUGGAGCUUAUACGUGUUCUCAUAGGCAACUUCUGUACACAUAGCAUCUGUUAUUUUCUUCAUGGGUGCAAUUGUACUUCAAGUUACAGAUUAAAUGUGUCACUUAACUAUUUCUGAAUUUGAACUUAGGUUUAUACACAGAAAGAACUUUAGAAAUACUCAUUAAUUUGAAUCCUGUUGACAGCUGUAAUCAUUGUGUUUCGUGAUCUGAAGUCUCCGUGUUUCGUGAGUGCUGCUCAUGAAUGCAGUGUAACUAACAAGCUUUAAUUUCCCCUUUGUGAGUAGUAGUGCACAUUAGCUUUUUAAAGCAGCAGGCAAGGCACACUCAUUGUCACUAACAUAUCUCAUGUGAGUGUAGUUAUCAAGUUUUAAAGUCUUAUUUAUUUCUAACAAAAUACUUCAUCUUAGAGCUGCAAAAAGGAUUCUUAUUAAACAUUUUAGAAAUGACAGUAGGUUGGGUCUUUAGCCAUUGUAUACAUAAAUAUAGAGACAUUUUUUAAACAUUUCCACAGGGUCUUCCCCAAGUCUUGAUGCACUUUAAACCCAAAUAACUACCAGAGAGCAGAAGGUAGGCUCUGAAGAUUAGCAAAUGUGGAUGUUUCUGUCACUCGAGUAAAGGAAAGUGUUUUACUUGAGUGAUUGUUUCUACAAUCCAUAAUUUAAAUAUAAAUUACGGAUUGUUUCUGUCGUGCUUACAACCUGUGUCAGACAGUAAAGCUGUAUGGCUUUGACAGCGUUAUUACUAAACAGAGGAUUGUUUAUUGGUGGUCGGGGUCUAUCUAGUUCCACAAACUUCUGAGUUCUAAUGUUACAUUGUAAUUUAGAACUUGCUGAGUUUUGAGUAACUGAAUAACUUGUUGCUUAUAAAAAUUACUCCUGGACCUUACGGUUGAUAACUGGAUGAAACAGACUGGGCAGGAGAAACACUAGCACUUCCAGUGUUUCUAAAGCUUCCUCCAGAGUUACGAGUCUUCUAUAAGUUUACACCUGAUAACACAGUGGACAUCACUGAAGCCCUGUUUUCUGGAUCUGUUUCAUGCCAGAAAUUAAACAGGAUCUGCUAAGUCUUUUCUUGUUUGUCACCAGAAUGAAAAUAUUUAAAAGAGCAGCCCUAAAAAAACCACUUGUGCCUGAUGAACAUUGAUUUUUUUUUUAGUCUCUUCAAUAUACAUUGAUCAUGUAUCAAUCUUUUUUUUUAUUUUGGUCAGAUAAAUUUAGAUAUAUAAUGGAAGCCUCUUCCUUGAUUCAACUCCACUAUGAUGCCUACAUGAUUGUAUAGUAAGGAAAAAGAAAGAAAGAAUGCCAGUAGGCCUAGAAAAUGUUUGUUGUUGAUUAUCGUGUCAGCCACGCAGACAGUGCACAUUUCUGCCCCCCACACACCCCUGGGAGGCAUAUUGUCUGGUCUGUUCUUUACCUAGUUCCAAUACUUCAGAAUUUCCAGUUGUAACAUAGUUUAUUUAUUUCACCUCACUGCUCAUUAGCACUUCGUAUAGAAGGUGGCCAAGGGAAGUAAAAGGAGGUAAAACUGUUUUCAGUUCAGUUCCUGACAGCUCUGGGAGAAACGGGGGAAGCACAAAGACUAUGAGACAGACUAGGGCAGUUGAUUCUCAAGCCCCCAGGUAAUACCGUUAGCCUAUGUUUUCAUCUCACACAUUAGGUCUAAAUUAGUGUAAUAUCUUGCUUUAUUAUAAGGUUUAGUGCAAAACUUUACAGUGCUGCAUUUGCAAUUUCAGUAAAUUAAAAUCAGGAAAAAAUGUAAAUGUGCUGUGCCCUUCUAUGACCAGGCAUUUGUGGAUUACUUUUCAUCAUCAGCCUUCGUUUUCUCAGUAUGUCGAAGGGAACAGGAUAGCUUGUGAAGAUGGGGUGGAGGGGGUCAGUUUGGAGACCGUGGCACUCCCCAGGGUAAAGGAAGCAGCAGAAAUAUCUUUGUAUUAUGAAAUUAGACCCUGACCGAAAACCUGGUUGCCACAUAAGGUAAAUAAAUGUAGAAUAAAUGUAAUUCUACGAAAUAGUAAGAUGAUGGGGAGCUAUUUUACCCCAGUCUUUUUGAAUAAAGGACAUUUCAAAUUCUUUAAUGAACUUUAAUUUAUUCUCUCCCAAUAAGUUUAACAGCCUGAGGAAAUAGAAAGCUAUGAAGCUACUCACAUUCUUUAUUGUUAAUACGGAUGAUAGGAAAGAAAAGCCAGGUCGGUAAUCCAGAUCCUAGUAUGUGUACUUAAGUGCUCAAGAACUCACUUUCCUUGAUAAUGUAUUCUGAAUACAGAGGAAUGACUUUUGUAUAUUAAUAACUUAGUUUUAAGAAUGGAAUAAAAUUUGGAAAUAGUGAGAAUAGACUACUGUCCAUUAAUAGUAUAAAUAUUAGGAUGGGCAAAAGUAGGUUUACAGUAAUUCACCUGGAAAGUAAAUAAUACAAUAAUAAAUACACAGAAAUAAACUGUGUCUCAUGUAUGCACAAUGUAAACCUAGUUUUGCCUACCCUUGUGUCAUAGCACACAUGAAUUGGUAACAUGUCUUUCAAAAGCUAGAUGAUCUCAGCUACAUUUUGAUUACAUUAUCCACAGCUGAAGUUUUUUAAAACAAGUACAGUACUUACUAAAAGUGUUUGGCAUGUUAUGCUUCCAAAAAUGGCUGUUUUGAAAUACCAAGUAACCAGUUACUUUCUGAUGACUUUGUAUAGAACUUGAUGUAUAUGAGUCAGAAUUAUUCUGCACUGAUUCUGUACAUUGUAACUUUGAACACUUAUGAGGAAAACUGUUGAUGUAUUUUGAUUAGUUAAGUGUAAAUUUGUUUGCAUAUUUGAAUUCUAAUCUUAGUUUAGGAAGUCUAAAGGUAGUCAUUUUUGUAAAGUUAAUAUGCUGGGUUUUUUUAAUGUUAUCUUGGUUUUUAGUAUUUGUAUAGUAGUAAGGUUACUAGUAAAAGAUUUAUACACAAAGCAUAGAACUAUUAACUGUUCAAAAGCCUAAAUGAUAGGCAUGUUUUAUAUUUCAUAUUGCACUUGUUUUGUUUCAUAUUGGACUUUUUACAUCUCUUUUUUAAGAAAAAAAAGACACACUUGGUUUUUUUUUUAGCAUAAACCUCUACAUUGGAAAACAUAACCAUGUUCAUAUGGUUAGCAAAACACACGUUGCCACCAAAGCUAAGUGGAAAUAUGAAAUACCUCCAGUUGUCUGUGCCAAUGAACUCUUCUUAGCGUACUGGGAUUAAAGCAAAAAUAACUUUUCAGUAUUUUCCAUUUAGGACUUAUACUAAAUAUGUAAAUCCUCAAAACUUAUAUUCUGUACCCCGAUUUUUCUUUGAAAAUACAUCAAACUUGUAGCACAGUUAUAUUCUAUUUCAUCUGAUUUCUGGAAUAAUGUUCUCUGAUUUGGAGGGGGGGGCAAAAGUUAGUUUACCCAAUAAUGAUCUUUCAGUAAUUAGUCGAGGUAAUCAUUUGAAGUAGCCUUACUUUGGAUUCAUUCUGUGAUGUGAACCUUUAAAUCUGUCGCACGGACCUUCUCUAGUGCAGGCGUCUCGCUCCUGUAAUGACAGUUUGUAGGCUUUGCUUUCUCCAUGUGCCCGUCGGCCCUUCGCACAGUCACAUGCUCCACAGGUGGAAAGCGUCCACUGGAGCCUAAUGCAGUGCAAUGAGGUAAACAUUUUAAAAUGCAUAUCUUAAAGGAAAAUAUUUAAAAAAUCAAGGUGUUAAUGGUAAAGUGUUAAUGUUGGUGCAGUGUUGUAUUCUUGAGAGAAAAGUAGAAAUAUGAUAGACUCAAAAACUGUGAUGUUUACCUGGUUAAAAUUAUUUAAUUUCUCCCCUAUACAAAUUCUCAAAGGGAAUUUUGUUUCCUCAUAUUAUAGUACUUCCCCUAAUUUAAUGUCACUUGCCGUUUCUCUGCUUCAUAAUGUUGGUGCAGAGGCAGCUGAGAAAGCCAAAUAUGAAAAUAUUUAGCAUUGAUUUAGUGACAGUUUAUCCAAUCAUCUGGUGUGGACUCUGGAUAUUAGUAAAAAGAUGACGUACAAGACCUGAAAAUUAAGUGAACUUUGUUUUUUGGAAUGAGUUUGUCCUUUGUGUUGAAUAAUUUUAUCCUAAGUAGGUGAUGCCUGUAUUUAACAUAACCAUGCUUUCUACAUAAUCAAAUAUAUAUUUAUUUGAAUAUUGGUAGAAAUAACCUUCUCUUCCUCUGCUGUGAAGGAGGGAAAACUCCAAUUUUUAUUGUAUAUAAAUUAGGAAGUUGUAUUGUAUACUUACAUUUUUUAAAAUACAAAAAUGACUUAAAUAUAUUAUUUUAAAGUGGUUGUAUUGCGGUUUUUUCAACUUACGACUAACUAAAUGUAGCAAUGUACCCAUGAGAAACCAGACCAAAAUUGAAUGCAUAUUAUCACUGUGACCUUGAACUUAUAGUCUUUUUGGGAUAAAGUAGAUUGUGCCUUAAAAUGAUGAAGGAAUGCCCUACAAUUUUAUAACUGUGUAUUUUAUUAUUGGUGGUCUUCCCAAAUUGGCCCCAACUCCUUUUUUUAUUUUUUUGAGGUUGGUGAAGUAAAAAUUUUAAAUAAAAGUAUUACCCUUAGUAUUUGCAGAACUUUUGCUCUAGAGGCAGCUCUUAACUUUCAGAGUUCUCGUUUCAAAUUAAAAUUGACUUAUACUUUAUAGAUACAGAAGCUUAUGUGUGGCAAAGGCUUAUGAAAAUACUUUUUAUGAAGAUAGUGGUGGCACUUCUGUUCUGAAUUUAUUAUACACAGAAAGAUUAAUCUUAAUCUUCAGUGUAAUUUUUUGUCUUUUUAAAUAAAUGUCAAGACAAAUUCUUCCCUAUGCCCUGUACUUUUUUCCCCUCAGAUUAUUGAGGUUUAUAUUUAGGUGUAAAAUAAAGCAAUUUUACUGAAUAAUGACUUUUCAGUAAACUAAAAUUCAUAUAGUAUAUUUUUAAAUAUUAUUUUCCCCUUUUCUGUUUUUCUUUUUCUUCCCUAAGUAUUUUUAAUACUUGAGAGAACUGGCUCCAGUUUUGCUUGUUUCUCUAAUGUAAAGACUUGCAUUUUUACAGUGCUUACUUAAAAUUAUGGAUAUAAUUUCUAUUGAAACAAAUUAUUGCAUUCAUAGGAUGUUCAUGGUCUCUGCUAAAAGAAGCCCACAUCUCUUGUGAUUUGUUGUAUUUUUGUAUUUUAAUUUUGAAUGUAAACAUAGCACAUUUCUUUCUUCCCAUUUUAUGUUCACUGCCUUCCCAUAAAGACAUAAAUACAGGUUUCUCUAAAAGUAUGCAGAAAGAAAACAAGUCUUUCCUUACAGCAUAGUCCAGCUGAGUUGGAAGCAGUGUGGGUGAGGGUAUAUAAUCAAAUAAUGGCUGUUAACCUGCAUCAGUUUUUGUAUUACAGUUAAAAGUUUAUAGAAGAUAAACUGUUAUGCUGAGAUAGUCUCAGUGUUCAUUUAUUUGCAAAUUGAUCAUUUUGUUCUCAUCCAGAAAAUAGAGUGAAUAGUAACAAUACUUAAGUACAAAGAAAAUUGUCCUAUAGUAUAUACUGAAAAAUAUUGUCACCUUGCAGCUCUUUCAUUUAAACAUGCAUGAUCUUUUCCAGCUUUGUACAGUAUAUGGGGUACUAAAUAUACUUAUGUGUAAUUUUCUGUGUACUUUUGGUAUGGUGUAUAAUUAACAUUAUGACAUUAACUGGUUGUAAUUCACAAAAUGCAAUUUAUUGUACUCUGUAGAGUGUGGUGAAUGUUUUUAUCUGUGUUUCAACAUUAUGGUGUGGGGUUUAACAGGUGAAUAUUUGCCCUAAGUCUCUGCUCAGGUAUUAAUGUGUAGCAAUUUUUGGUGCUUUCUCUCCAACCUGUCAUGAUCUGGUGUUCUGAAUGUUCAACAAUAAAUCUGGUGAACAAGAA